GGCCAACCACUAAACGUCCUGGAUUUUGAGUUCUUCCCACCUACUGUCCUUGUCACUGUUUUCAUACCUACAGCCAGUCAGGAGGUCUGUGGAAUACCUUUGAGAUCACAAACCCCUGUGGGUCAGCGACCACACAUGAGACUCACGUGCAUUGUUGCCUCACUUUGAAUUGGAGAUACUCAGGUUGUACUCAAGGACUUCUGCUUGAACAUGAUUCUGUAUUAUCAGAUCAGUCCUUUGGCUCCCAUCUCAAAGUCUGGCAGCUGUGUGAGCCCAAGGAAACAGGAGUGCACGAGAGCAGAACUUCAGAUGGACAGAAAUGGCACCUAAUUAUAGAUGAGAGUUCCAUGAUAAUAGCAAGCAUCUGUGGCGUGUCAGUGGUGGUGGGGUGAGAGAACGCCACAGCUGAGGACUGAAACACGACCCACACUUGCUGCCCUCCCAGUCCCCACUCCCUCUUUUGUAACACACCUAUUUCCACUGCAACCCCUUUAAAAGCCCUGUAGCGGGGUCCUGAGCGGUCUACAUGGUCAGUGGACAAGAUGUUUGAUAGACACUGGAACACAAGAUAAAGCUGAAGCUCUCGAUCAAAGCGAAGCCAUCGCGAGGUUGAGUUGCAUGUUGGAUAUAUAGUAUGAAUUGCGGGAUUGGAUAGAGAAGCAUGGUGUUUCUUAACUGUCUACUUUGUGACCCCGUAAAAAGACAUUUCCAGGUGGAUUGUAUAAAGUGACAGAUCAACACAGUCCGGGUUCCGUGGACAAGCAGGAGGCUAAAAAGAGCUGUGAAUUAAUCAAGACUGAUGGUGAAGAAGCAGACCUUCUCUUCUUCAACACACUCACUCCGACCCACUCACAUGUACCAGGUGAGGACAGGCAACCUGUCCUGAGUUGUACUGCUCCCACACACGUGUCUCUUGACACUUUUCCAGACCUUGACAGAACUUGCCAGGUGGAGCCAGAGAGGGGGAGUACAAAGUUUAUUAUGCCCUUAGCUCCCCUGACUAGCAGCUCUUCUCUUGUAUACCGGACCGCCAGCAGUUUGGAAGAAGAUCAAAUUUGUGCUAGAAGAUCUCUCAAUGACAACAGAGGCACAAGCUGUGAUCACGUACGACCUUGUGAUCUCUGGCCGACCUCAGAUGGUGUUCCUGGCAAACUAUCCUUGGAACAUUACAGUGAGCUCAAUCAUAAAAUCAGAGAUACCACAGAAUCUGCCGUGCAACAUGAAGAAAACGUUGACUUGUUUUUAGGUGAGAAUAGUAAGUCCACCUUAACCGAAAAAAGAAAAUCAAUUAUCGAAGAGUAUUAUUAUCUCGGCAGAGAAGUCACAAACUUCGAGGUUGGUGCUGCAGAUAACUUCUUAAUCUCGGAAGAGAGCCGUGUUGCAAUCCUUACUUUAGGCGUGGAAGACCCGUUUGUCCAGAGGCCUAUAAAGUCUGUAAUUGUUGAAGAGAUGCCUCACAAGAGUCACAAGCACCAUUUGGACGGAAAGUCACGCUGCAAGAAGGACAAAUCAGCAGGUCAUCAUCAUGGAGCACCGAUAUCCAAGACACGGGAGAAUGUUUCUCAUCAAAUUUCAGUUAAGCAGAAAGAAGUUUCUCCUCCUGCUGGGGAGAAUUUUAUCACUGACACUUCAGCUGAAUUUGAGGACCUAAAAACAAAGCUGGUGAUUGAUACAAGCAUGACAGCGGAAAAGACUCCAGGCAAGCAUCACGGCAAAAAGAAAAAGAAACACGGACAGAACACAACGGCCCAAAAGACUGUGGAGGAGCCACCAGCGGACGAAGACUAUGGUGCAAAACCAAAGACAGCCAAAGGAAAGAUUGACAUGUUUGAGGCUAAACUGGGUGCUAAAGCUGUGAAGGUUCAAAGGAACAGCAGCCAGCCAGAUGCUGCUGAUAAAACGUUACAAGUAAAAGAAAUCAAUGCUUCCCAGGAAGAACCACAUCUGUGUCAAGCAGAGAAUAAGGACCACCAGCCAAAAAAGUUCCAGGUGUCCAGCCCUAGUCCUAUGAAGGAAGACAUCAUUAAGAAACGCCGCCUUUCUGAGGAUAAGUUUGGGAAGAUCCUUAAUAUUUUGGAGUCUAAACUUCCAAAGCCAGAUGUGGAUAAUAAGGGGAAGAAAGAUGAGCCCAAGGCUGAUGUCGUGUCGACAAGUAAAAAGGCUUACAGUGAAGCCGUCAAGAAGAAUCUAACAGCCAAGGAAGAACCUAAGGUGGUGCAGCCCAUUCAGGCAGUGUCAGUGAGCGGAGACCCCCAGAGUCUGUGCUUGUGGUGUCAGUUUGCGGCCGUUUUCUGUGACUACACCGUCACCUGGAGCAGAGACAACACUCUCCUCAAUGAAGUCAAGAGAAGUGCAGGGGAUGAGAGCAGAGUCUCAUUCAACAUCGUAAACGCUUCUCACAAAGAUCUGGGCAAGUACCAGUGUCAGCUCAGCAGCCUACAUGGGUCGGUCACCCUGGAUUACCUGCUAACAUACGAAGUUCUCAGCGAAAUAAUCAUUCCUCCGUCGCCACAGAUCACCGCAUCUGUUCCAGUGGAAGUGGUCAGUGAAGAAGAGGACGUUCUCUGCUCCAGGCUCCUGUUUAAAGAGGAUUUCCUCUCUGACCAGUACUUUGGAGACAACCAGCCAGUCAGUAUCAUCACUGAAAAGGUCCACUUUGGGGAAGGAAUGCAUCGGAGGGCUUUCAGGACCAAGAUGAACACUGGUCAAACGCCUUUUUUAGUGUCAGGACACUGUUGUGUUCUCAAAGUUCACAACGCUAUUAGCUACGGGACCAAGAACAAUGAGGAACUCAUUCAGAAGAACUUUACCUUGGCUGUGGAGGAGUGCCAAGUUCAAAACACAGCAAGAGAAUACAUCAGAGCGUACACUGCUGCAGCUCAGUCUACGGAAACCUUUGGAGAAGUUCCAGAGAUCAUUCCCAUCUACCUGGUACACCGUCCAUCCAAUGAUAUCCCCUAUGCUACUCUGGAAGAGGAGCUGAUUGGCAACUUUGUGAAAUAUUCGGUCAAGGACGGCAAAGAGAUCAACCAGCUAAGGCGGGACUCGGUGGCCGGACAGAAAUGCUGUGCUUUUCAGCACUGGGUCUAUCAUCACACUGAGGGGAACCUACUGGUGACAGACAUGCAAGGAGUCGGAAUGAAGCUUACUGAUGUUGGAAUAGCAACUUGUAGGAAAGGAUAUAAGGGUUUCAAGGGAAACUGCUCCACCUCCUUCAUCGACCAGUUUAAAGCCUUACAUCAGUGCAACAUGUUCUGUGAGAUCCUAGGCCUUGAUUCCCUUCAGCCUAAACCCAGAAAACCCUUAUCUGCUCCUAAAUCUAAACCCCAACCUCCUGCUGCACCCAAGAAGAAAACCUUUGGGUCAACUUUAAAGAGCAAGUCAUAACAAAGACUAAGGAUUUGUUUUGUUUUAUUCAUUUAUCUUAAGGCCUGUUUUUCCUAGUUUGCUGCUUUGAUUUUUAUAAGAACUAGAACCAUACGCAGACGAUGAGGACGUUUAUUUAUGACUCUGUAUUGAGCCAAAGACAGUUUGUGUGCUGUGAGAGAAAUCAUAAAAAUGUUUAGUGAAAAUGUGACAAAUUCUACAAAGACUUGAACAUGGUCGGAAACUUAUUUUCGUCUUUUGUGAUGAAAUACGAUGUCUUAGAAUGCUUUAUUGAUGACGUGGGAUGAUUUACCUUUUUUUUUACUUCACUUGAUGUUUUCUAAAUAUCCGUUCAUUAAAUUAAUGAACGUUUUUAAAUUAAUUGCUUUGAGGAAAUGCCUUUGAGGAACAUAUAUACAGUAAUGAAAAAGAACAUACAGUGUGUUAGUUGGAGUUGUGGUACGGUAUGAGUGAUUAUUGUUGUUGUGCUGACAAAUGUGAGAAAAAUAUAAACAUAUAUUACCAGGUGAAAUAAUUAUAAUAUUUGAUUAGAUUUGAUGUCAAUGUUCGACUUGUCAUGUAAAAUGUGUAUAAUGUAAAAUAUAUUUUGUAUAUAAAAGCUUGUGUUGAACUAAAUAAUGAAUUAUUAUUUUGACAUUUCGUUCAUUUUGGCUUUUUUUUUUUUAAAU